CCCUCGGGGAGGACCACGACGUAAAUUAAAUCUCACAUAACAACAGAUCAUCCACCAGUCGAUGCGAAUUUUGAUGGAAGGAAAACUAGUUUUAGAACGUUAUUUAUUCACGUGGACUUGGUGGAUGACCCACCUAGAGCAAAACACGUGCAGCCAUAAAAAUGUUAGCCAACACCCAUCAUCUUUUUUAGCAAAGACAAAAACCGGUUCUCAAUCCGACCUAUCUCAAUAUAGCGAUACUUAUCUUUUUUUUUUCUUUUCCCAACUUUUACACAAAAAGACGACAGCGAAUUCAACAACGCUCGACAAUCUAACCUGAAAUCUUCACGUUUUCGCUCACAACAAAACGAAAUGGAAAAAAUAUAACCGAAGACUAAAAAUAUAACCGAAAAUAAAAGCGGAAUGAAAGGGAAAUAAUUUCCCUAUUGUCCAGACGGGAACGAAGCCAAACGAAUGGGUGAUGGUGUCGUCGUCGUCCACGAAAAUGGAUAAAUACUGGGUGGAUUCACCCAACCAGUGCCAUUACGACCGGAACUUGAAUUUUGCUGCCAUCGGAAGCGAAGAUGAAGAAGCUUAUUCCAAUUUCUCCAAGAAAACGAAAUCCGCCCGCGAUCCUCAAUCACAUCGCAUCAUUGAGAAAAGAAGGCGCGACCGGAUGAAUAAUUGCUUGGCUGAUUUGUCCCGACUCUUACCAUCCGCCUACAUGAAGAAAGGGCGUGGCAGAAUCGAGAAAACAGAAAUUAUCGAAAUGACAAUCAAGCACAUGAAACAUUUACAGGUUCACGCCUGCAAAGAAAUGGAAUCGUGCGAGAUCGCUGUCCAAAUGGAACAGCUGCAUAGCAACACCAAGUCGGAUCAAUAUCGAUCCGGAUUUCUCGAAUGCAUCACUGAAACAGUCCAGUUCAUCGGUCAUCACCAGGCGGAUCACCAUGGGCCUUUUUAUCCUGGAGAUGAUUUCGGUAGCCGAUUGGUGGCCCACCUGCACAACCAUUACGAAAAAAUCGGUCGCGGUGAAGGAACGGGUUCAGAAACUGGCGAUUUUUCGAAUGGAACAACCGCAGUGACCUUGGUGGCAAGGACCGGUCAUCCCACGAAUGGCGUAGGACAAACAGGCACUGACGGAGAAGAUUUUCCAAAUGCUUCUCCAUCUGUUUCUGGCACAGUACCUCAGGGCGUUCAAGAUCAAUUCAAACCAUUACACGAUAAUACAGGAGAGACAGAUAAAAUGAAAGAUGAACGAGUUCAAGGCAUGUUUAACUACCUGAAUGGCACCGGAUCCUCUAUCGAACACCACAGACAACAGCAACAACAGCAGCAGCCACAAGAACAGCAACCGCAGCAGCAGCCACAACAUUCCAACGACCGCAGACCGACAAGAUCCUCGUCAGGAUCGGGUGGAGACAGCGACGAAUCGCGGUCAAAUAGGGCAACACGGAAUUCAGAUACACCUUCGCCCGUCAACCCCACAACGGACGGAUCAUCACCUACCGACAUGGACAAUUCUAGUCACAGCGGAGGAUCCAACCACUCGUCGUGCAGAUCAUCUUCUCAACUCCGUCAAAUGUUGUUGGCCAGUGAAUCCGGGGGAUCCAGGACAAAGAGUUGCUCGUCGUCCAGCCAAUGCAGCAGCCGCAGCAACACCACUCAGCAAAGUAUCGACGACUCCAACAGCGUGUACAAGAAGUUCAAGACAAACAUCCAUCAGAGGUUCACAGCUGAUUUGGAACACGUCUUUCCACAGUCCAGCUGCGUCAUGACACCUUCAGGUUCUUCGGCGACUAGCAGUCUUAACGAACAGCAGGCCCAACAACCCAACCACCAGGAUCGAUCCUUUGAACAAUAUCACGGCCUCAAACGAAAGAAGUCAGACACCGACCUGAACAGGCACAACAAUUCAAGAUACGGCUGGAACAAUGAAGUACCUCCUACACCGCAACCCUCAUCGCCGUCUUCAAGGAGUCAAAGGCUUCAUUCCGAGGAAAUGGACGAUUCAACUGUCUUCUCAAUGGAUCAAAUGCAACAGCAGCAGCAACCGUCGUCAAAUUUACCAGCAAUGCAACCGAUAAUGGAAAGUGUUCCUAUUUUCGCACUGCACCCGAAAAGUGCUUUCUACGUCCCCAUGUCAAUCGAGUUGUCACUUAUUCGGACGCUCUUCACUCCGCCAUCUUCUUCGUCCGACCCCAAUGCCCAACCUCUACUUCACCCAGUUACCAUUAGCGUCAAUUUCGGUCAUCCGUCAAGGGUCUUGACCGCCGCUACACUCACCGAAACAGUGGCAUCGAUCCAACAACAUUCUUCAGUCAUACAGUCACCAGUUAAACUAACGAGGCCAGAGCCUCUUCUACCCGGGUUGGUACCAGCGCCGCAAAUCGUCGUUCAUCAUCAAAGGCAUCCAAAUCCGCACCAUCACCAAUUUGACAUGGAUCCCUUUGGGACCAAUUUCAGUCCGUUAACGAUGACCGGGCCGACGGAAGACAACCGAUUACGUGUGGGUAGCAGCAGCAGCAGCAGCAACCGAGAGCACAGCAGUCGUUCAUCUCUAGUUAGACAUCACGACGAGCAGCCCAAAAUGUUCCGACCACCGCAGCGAGAAGAAGGCGGAUACGUUCAUGCCGGCCGGGAGUACCCCAUCAUCAGGUCAUCACGUGAACACGGUAGUCGAUCACCCGCCGUCAUCACGGCAAACCACGGAACAGCGACUCAUUCCUCCCGCUGGUCCCAUCUAAUGGCCAAACGCACUCACACUCCGUGAGAUCCACUCCUCUCUUGAAAUGGCUUAUAAUUAAAUGUCCCAACAAAAAAGUGUUUACGUUAGCAGAUCGAUGAAAUGUCUAAAAAGAAAUCAGAUAGUUAUGUGACAGGAAAAAAUAUCAGGCAAAAACAAAAAAAACCCUAUAUAUAUUAUAUAAAUAUAUCAAAUGGCUCUCCAUCGCGAUUCUCUAAAUUGUUACUUGAUCAUUCUUCUAAAUUCGCAAAAAAAUCCCAAUGCUAUUUUUUUAAACAAAAACACACAUGCCAUAUUAUACGCAACCAUGUUGAUCAUUCAGCGCAAUAAAUUACUUAUUUUGCUGUGGGAAAUGAAUUUCGAAACGUUUGCGCUAAAUCUGUGAAGAAACGCGAAACGUGAGUCAAAAUUAUUGAAAUACAUUUUAUCUGUCGCCCAUUAA